ACUUAGCAACGCUGGAACCCAUUCAGGGGGGCUUGGGGCCCCUCAUCCCAAGCCAGGAGGUCUUCGGGGUAGGAGUGCACCCCCUGGCAGACUUGCUCUGCAGCCCAGGUGUCUGGGGGUUGUCAGGGAGGUGGGGGUGAACCUCGCAGGGCAAGGCACGAGUGCGGUUCUCUUUCCCCCACUGGGGAGGCCUCGGGGCCAGCGUCAGGGCGGGAGGCCUCGGAAGCAGAGCCCGUGGGGCGGAGGUGGCGGCAGGGCAGUGUCUGGUGGCAGAGGAACCAUGGCCACCAUCCAGUCGGAGACUGACUGCUAUGACAUCAUCGAGGUGCUGGGCAAGGGCACCUUCGGGGAGGUGGCCAAGGGCUGGCGGCGAAGCACGGGCGAGAUGGUGGCCAUCAAGAUCCUGAAGAACGAUGCUUACCGCAACCGUAUCAUCAAGAACGAGCUGAAGCUGCUGCGUUGCAUGAGGGGCCUGGACCCGGAGGAGGCCCACGUCAUCCGCUUCCUCGAGUUCUUCCACGACGCCCUCAAGUUCUACCUGGUCUUUGAACUGCUGGAGCAAAACCUUUUCGAAUUCCAGAAGGAGAACAACUUUGAGCCCCUCCCUGCCCGCCACAUCCGCACGGUCACCCUGCAGGUGCUCAGAGCCCUGGCCCGGCUCAAGGAGCUAGCCAUCAUCCACGCCGACCUCAAGCCUGAGAACAUCAUGCUGGUGGACCAGACUCGCUGCCCCUUCAGGGUCAAGGUGAUCGACUUCGGCUCGGCCAGCAUAUUCAGCGAGGUGCGCUACGUCAAGGGGCCGUAUAUCCAGUCUCGCUUCUACCGGGCCCCCGAGAUUCUGCUGGGGCUGCCCUUCUGUGAGAAGGUGGACGUGUGGUCCCUGGGCUGCGUCAUGGCUGAGCUGCACCUGGGCUGGCCCCUCUACCCAGGCAACAACGAGUACGACCAGGUGCGCUACAUCUGUGAGACCCAGGGCCUGCCCAAGCCCCACGUGCUGCACGCCGCCUGUAAGGCCCACCACUUCUUCAAGCGCAACCCUCACCCCGACGCCGCCAACCCCUGGCAGCUGAAGUCCUCGGCCGACUACCUGGCUGAGACCAAGGUGCGCCCACUGGAGCGCCGCAAGUACAUGCUCAAGUCACUGGACCAGAUAGAGGUGGUGAACGGCGGCAGGGCAGUCCGUCGGCUGACCUUCCCCGACCGCGAGGCGCUGGCGGAGCACGCCGACCUCAAGAGCAUGGUGGAGCUGAUCAAGCGCAUGCUGACGUGGGAGUCGCACGAGCGCAUCAGCCCCAGUGCCGCCCUGCGCCACCCCUUCGUGUCCAUGCAGCAGCUGCGCAGCGCCCAUGAGACCACCCGCUACUACCAGCUCUCGCUGCACAGCUGCCGCCUCUCCCUGCAGGUGGAGGGCAAGACGCCUAUGUCUGCCGUGGAUGCCGCGGAAGACAGGCCCCCCUACUACGGUCUGGCCGAGGAGGAGGAGACCGUGGGUCUGGGCAGCGGGCCUUUGUUCCGGGAGGAGAAGGCACCGGGCGUGCAAAAGGCCAUCGAUCAGCUGGACGACUUGAGUCUGCAGGAGGCGGGGAGUGGGCUGUGGGGCGAGACCCGCACCGACGUCGUCCCCGACGUGCUGGCCCCGCUCAAGGCCGCCGCUGCCGGCCGCUGGGUGCCCGACUCCGGCCCCGAGCCCAUCCUGGCCUUCUACGGCAGCCGCCUGGCAGGCCACCGCAAGGCCCACAAGCCACCCACAGGCUCCAAGUCCAACUUCAGCAACCUCAUCCGGCUGAGCCAGGCCUCGCCCGAGGAAGACGCCCCGUGCAGGGGCGGCGGCUGCGCGGAAGGAGAGCGGCGAGGGGCCUCUGCGGAGCUGCCUGCCAUCCCACAGUGGGACAGGGAUGGGCCGGACAUCAAGGACAUGACCGUGGAUGCUGAGAGGCCAGGCCAUGAGUUCUUCGACCUCAGCAGCUGUCCUGGGGAAUGGCUGGGCCAGCCAGACUGGACCCUGGAGGGCGUCGGGGGGCCACGGGCGCAGGGGCUCCCACCACGCCACACCCACCCGCAUGGUCCACCCCGGGCCACCAGCUUUGUGCAGCAUGUCGGCGGGCACCACUGAUGGCGAUUCCACCCCUGCCCAUCACCGGGUGAUGCGCUAGAGGGGCUGGCAUCCCCUCCUCAGAGCUAUCCCCUGA